AUGCUGAAAGCUGCCCGUCAUGGAGGGUAUGCCGUUCCGGGAAUGUGCUGCUACAACUUGGAGUCCAUCGUAGCCACUACUCCAGAGCUCGUCCGAUGCGCGGCAGAUUUCGAAGAUGGAUUCGACAGCAUCAUGUGCGGCAUGAGUCACUACGAAAGAGAGGAGAACCUGCGUCUAACCAAGGAGUUGGUCGCCUACUGUCAUAACCGUGAAAUUGCGACCGAGGCAGAACCAGGACGUAUCGAGGGUGGUGAAGACGGUGUUGCCGAGACUGCAGACCUUGAAGGCGGGUCAACGACACCUGGCGAUGCCGAAGAAUUUGUGGCAACAGGUAUUGAAAUACUCGCGCCCGCGUUUGGCAAUGUUCAUGGACAGUAUGGUCCGCAUGGAACUCGGCUUCUAUAA